AUGAAGCUGGUCUUCACGCUCGCGGCCUCCGCCCUCCUGGCGACGGUCCCCAUCACCGCCUCCCCCAUCAUCCCCAAUACUUUCACCAACACCGCGGUCGGCAAGAAGGACACCGUCAUCGUUAGUGCCGCAACCGUCUCCAACAUCAUCCAUCCCACCACUACGAUUGUUGGUCUUCGACCUGAGGUGUCAGCGGCUGCUAACGAGUCCGAUCAUACCACGUCUGACUCUGAAGACGGUGGGAAGGCCGAAGAAGAGAAGGCAAAGAACGGCGCCAAACGCUCCCUCUCUCCCCCUUCCGCCUCCGCCUCCGGUCUCGACGGCGACUAUGACUUCCUCCCCGUCCACUCUCUCCCCCGCCGCAGCUCCCACACCGCCGAGUUCUGGAAGUCUCAUCUCCCUUCCCAUCUCCCUCCCACUUCUCACAACCGCCGCGGUCCCCAGUCACACACCGGCGACUACUGGAACCACCACCCCCCAGCCAGUUCGCCCAACCGCCGCGCCCCUGGGCCCCAAGAGCUGAGUCAAGAUGACAUGAACAAGGCAAUGUUCGACUUCCAUUCCGUCUCCGAUGUUGCCCAACGUCGCUCCAAUUCCCGCUUCGAUGCUUUUAUGCUAUUACCCAGUUACCACUGCCCCAACAAAGGGUCCCUAGUCACCUGCAAAGAUUAUAACUACUACGAUUGUCCUGAGGAUACGUUGUGGUGUCGCCAUUGGGAUAAGAACCAAAAGAAUGCUAAUGGCCGCUUUGGAGUUUGGGUUGGGGAUACGGAGAAGCCGAUCAAGAAGACCAAGCGAGGUCUUGACGUUGACGUUCAACGCCGCAGCCCCGGCCACCCAGGCAUCAAAUGCACCAAGACUCAUGAAUUCCCCUUCUGCAACGAUAUCCGCAACAUUACCAUCGAGACAUGCAGCUGCGCCUCAUACCAAAAGAAUGCCACGACGGGCUUCCACUAUUUGAAGAUCAUGGGGCCGGCGGAAAAGGAUGAUUCCGACGCCCCCAAACAUAAGCGAGACCUGUCCGACGGCGUCGACGACUCUCCUGACGCUGUUGACUCUAGCUCGUAUCAUCUCGCCAGGGACGGCAAGAAGCGCGACAGCAUCGAGGACAUCAACGCUUUUGACUCUGGCUCGUAUGGCUCGUAUCUGCCCGCAGACGUUGAUGACCACAACAGCAUGCCUAUUGCCCGUCGCGCGGAUACGUCCAACUUUUUAGAUUACCACUGCUCCAACUCGGACUGGGUCGUACGGUGCGGUCGCAAUAGAAACAAGCCCAAAGAAUGCAGAUGCUACGGGUGGAGAUGGGACGGUAAGAAGGCCCACUUGGAUGACAUGGACGAGGCGAUCAAGAAUAAGAAGCGCGAUGUUUCCGCAGGGGAAGAUGAGGCAGACUUGGUCCCUCUCAGUGAACUCAGCGGAGAUCUUCUUACCCGCAAAUUAGCUUCAACCUACUACUGCACCGACCCCAGAGCAAAGAUCAUGUGCGAGCAGUCCAAAAGUACUGAAUGCUGGUGUUACACCGACGAGACGGAGCAGACCGGGACUGGAGAAUCAGUGACGACGAUGGUGAAGGGCGAUAAGCCUGUUCAGGACUCCGGCUCCAACUCAGACAACGAGGACAGUGAUGGCAGCGAGGAUAAGGAGAAGGAAGAAGACGAGAAGCCAGCGGACAAGAGAGACGUCACCUCCGACUCUGACUCCCAAGCCACGAACUCCGACUUCGAGUCCGACUUCGAGACCAAGUUCAGGAGGGCCAACCCGCCCCUCCAGUUUGAUGUCGCCGUGACGCUACCUGCGGAGGUAGUCAAGGCUUUGGGCCCCCGCAAGCGGGAUUUCCUUCCUGGCAAUGACACGGAAGAUGGGAAGAAGAGAGAUGUGGAGGUCAAGAUGGAGGUGGAGGAGCACCUGCCCGAGGCCAGCGUUCUUGAACGGGACGCCAACGGUAACGACCACGACCAUGAGCUCUUUGCUCGCGGCAACAACGGGUUCGGCACCCGAAAAGUCGAAUGCAAGGAGACGGGCAUGAUCGCCGGCUUUUGUCUCAUCAACGGCUACUGCUACUGCCUCCAGUGCCGGCGCUGGCCAGACAACUGCAACUUUGCGCAGAGGGAUGGCAAGCGCGGCCUGACGGAUUUCCUCGACAACCUCCUCAAAGCCCGCACAUUUGGCAGUGAGGUGAACACCAACCCAAAACCACAGAAUAUGCCCAACUAUGUUAUGCACAUCUACAGCCAAGUGAUAGCAAACAACAAAAAAAUCCAACUUACCUGCCGUAACUCGGUGGGCGGGUUGUGCUUCGAAGAAGGCUGCUUCUGUUUCCAUUGCGAAAUUGCUCUGAACAAUUGCAGAGUCAGGAAGAUCGGAGGGGGCCGUUCAAAGAGGAGGGAUGACAAUGGGGUUGAGCAGUUAGGUGAUGAUCAUGAUGAGCUGUUGACCAUCGAGGGGGGUGAUGUGGUGCAUUAUGAUGAGAAGAGUUUGAUCAACGAGAAGCGUGGUGGUGGCUCGGGUCUUCACAGAACCAGUUCGUUUGGCCAUCCGCUUACGGUUGGUCGCCGGAGCCCCAUUCCCAUUCCCAAUAACCAAGCGGUUUUGGAAAAGAGGAACAAGGGCUUCGAAUGCGAGAAUGCCCUGGGCGCCUUCUGCUUUGACAAAGAUCAGUGUUACUGCCUUCGAUGCAAGAAGUUUCCCAAUGAGAGCUGCAGCUUGGACCAAAGGAAGUUCUUUACCAAUUCCAAGAAGAAGCGGGACUCCGGUGCUACGGUCUCCUCGGAGGAGGAUACCAAGCCGGAAGCUAUCGACGUUGCCGCACCGCCAACGAUUACUCCUCACACGGUUGUCAACGGGACGAAAGGAGGUGCGGGAAGGACGAAGAUGAAGCCGGUGGACAAACUUAAAGCUCGUGAAUAA